AGUUUGGGUGGGUAGCGUGCCAGGGGCAGCAGUGGCCCUCCGAGCUCUGCCGCGUCGCCCGCUACACUCUGGGUGUCCUAGCUCCUGACCCAACGUGCCCCAGCCUUGUGGGGCCCACGCAGCCCCGUGGCUCCGUGUCAUAGUGUGACCUCACCUGGGUCAGUAGGAGGGGGGUGUCACACCUGGUUUAGGUUUACUGAGUGAAGUGUUUAAGUGAAGGUAACACGAUGAAUCAGGUGAAGGUUUGGCUGGGCACGCUGACAGCCAGGCUGCCUGAGUGGUGCACCUCCAGGAUACCUGAGUGGCAGAUACCCGACUUGUACGAGUGGAACAUACCCCGACCAAGCCUCGCCGAGUGGCCCAUACCCAACAUACUCGAGUGGAAUAUUCCUAGGCCUAGUAUACCAGACUGGAGCAUCCCAAAUUUUUCAGAAUGGAGAGUCCCUCUGCCUUCAGAGUGGGGUAUUCCUCCACCCUCAGAAUGGAACCUGCAUGGCCUGGUCAGUUGGGAUGAACCUUUCGUGCCGGCCUGGGUGUAUCCAUCAUACUGGCGACAGCGGGUACGAGAUGCUGUGUUGUGGGUAUGGAUGAUAUUCAUUACUUUCCUGGCGGCGAGAGAUGACAAGGAGCAGCAACCACAGCUUCAGCACCAGUUCGUUGGGGAUCAAGAGUCUGAGCUGGAUGCUACUGCUGUUGUUGAUGAUGAUUUUCAGCACAAGUCGCAGAUAAUGGUUGAGGCGGAAGAGGAAGAAGAGGAGGGUGAUGAGGGGUGGAGAGGGGGACUUGGGGAGAUGGGCGGCCUGACGCGUUACCCGGGUAUUGAGAACUUGUUGGCACACCCGCCCACAGCCACCCCACCGCUGUCCUCACGCCCUCACCCACUCCUCACACCUGUUUCCAAUGUCGUAAACAAACAAGUCUCCAUCAGACAGCAAAUAUAUGAAGAAAACGAAAGCGUGGCUGACGCAGCGCAUAUUGAUGCACGGCAUGUUGAUGACGCAGUGGCAGCAGACGGUGAAGAUAAGGAUGUUCUGUGGAAGUCUCUUUUGGCAAGGUACACUGGGGACGAGUCUCCACGUGAAACUGAUAAAAUAGACGAGUCUCUGGAGGAAGAAGCCCCUGAAUUCGUGGGCACCGCAGACGAAAUUGUUGAAAGAUAUGCCUCUAAGUUCGAGGCCGAAGAAGCUGUCGCAGACAGCAAGCAAGAAGUGUCUGCUGAAGAGUUUACUGCUAAGCUUGGUAAACGUCUUGAAGAAUACUUAUCUCGCUUAGAGGAAGAUGAGGAAGACUCUGUAGGUCAACUUGACAUUGCCACAAAUCAAACAAAAAUCGAGGCAGAAACGCAAGAAUUGCAAGACACGAAAGGAACUAUUUCAGAAGUCAGUGAUUAUGAGAACCAGAAGGAUAUACUGGAAGGUAGAGAUAUUGAGACAGAGCUCGAAGAUUUUCCACAAGAUAUCGACACUGAGGGAGAUAAUGAAAACCGCAUCUUUAUCCUCAUUGAAGAUGACGAAAGUGAGGAUGAUCGCCGUCAACUUAGCGACGUCUCUGAAUCAUCAGAUAUGGAUCCCGGAGAGCCACCAGGAGCACUGGUACACCACACCGACCACACGGGAAUAAUACAUUCGGUUGAACCAAUGGGACUGAUGCAUGCAGAUGAAGUUUAUGAACAAGAUGAAACAAACAGACCUGGCGAGACAGCAGAGUUGCACGAGGAGCUAGAUAGUGAGGUGAAGAAUAAAGAGAUCAAACAUAUGUUUAACUCAAACCGAAAAGUUACAGAUAAGACCGAAGUAGAGGAAUCAGGAAAAACAUCGGGAGGGGAAACGGUGAAGGAAGUUGGGAUCAGUAUUGUAGGCUCUGAAAAAGCAGCCGUAGACGACGCUGCAGUGAUUAUUGAGGAAGUAAUUGAACUCCCGGAUGAGCCAGCCGAGAGGGAGAAUUGGAAAGACAUGACACUUACAGAUCAACAACACGGAGAUGAGAGAGUCAGAGAAAAACCUGACACUGACGAUGGUCAGGCUAAAGAUCUGACUAGUGAUGUCACUGAAGCUGGUAAACCAGCUGUGACAGAGUUUGAAGAAAAGGAAGAAGAGGUUCGGCAUUCUGGCGUGACUGUUAAAUUUAGUGGCGUCGUUGUGGAGAUGGAAGACUUGGAGGACGAAGGGUCAGGAGCAGGAGAGUGUGAAAAUCUCAUAAUUGUAGCAGAAGAGGAACGGCAGUUUGUUCCUGAAGAAAAGCAGUCACGGGAUGACAUGUCUAAGAAAAAAAGAAAAAGAUUGAAGCCGAUUUUGGAGGUAAUUGCAAUAGAACAAAAACCAAGAGAAACUCCUGAGGACGAGUCAUCUUCAGAGGCAGUGAUAAAUGACCAAGAAAUAGGACAAGACUCUGAAGAGUUACCUGAAAUAGCACUUUUAGUAGAAAAUAAGGAAGGACCUGAACAGGAGGCAGAAAAAAUGCAUGAGGAAGCACCUGUGGACGCAGUAAUAAAUAAACAAACAAUAGAACCAGAGGUAGAAAGAAUGCCUGAAGAAACACCUGCAGAAACAGACGUAAACAAGAAAGAAGAGGCAGAAGGAAUGCCUGAAGAAAUGUCUGUAGAAACAGUAUUAAGUAAAAAAGAAAAAGAGGUAGGAAUAUCUGAGGAAACAUCCAGAGAAAUGUUGGUAAAUAAGAAAGAAGAAAAACCUGAGGUAGAAGGAAUAUCUGAAGCAACCUUAGAAGUACUCAUAAAUGAGAAGAAACAAGAACAACAGGCAGAAGCAAUACAUGCAAAAACAAUUGUUGAGGCAGUGAUAAAUAAGGAAAAAACAGAACGAGAGACAGAAGAAUUACUUAAAAAAACAACCUUAAAAGUAAAUGAAGAUGAAUCAGUAGAAGAGGCAGAAGGAAUAAUUGAGGUACCCUUACACUCAGUAGAGGGGGAGCGAGACCAAGGUGCAGUAGAAAUGCAUGAAGGAGUAACCUUAGAGGUACAAGUAAAUAAAGAAGAAAGGGAAAAAGAAGUGUUACAGGAAGAAGUUCCCUCAGAAGUAACGAUAGGUAAGCAAGACACAGAACAAGAGUUAUCCUCAGGGGCAGUGAUACAGCAGAAACUGAAAGAACAAGAAAAUCUUCAAGAAACAGUAAUGGAGAAAUAUACAGAAGAAGAUAAGGUAUCAUUGGAAGAUCAAGUGGAUAACGAAGUAGAUGAGUCUGUUGUCGAUUACAUUAAGGAGGCUGAGGAACCAGCGAAGGAAAAGAUAAGUGCUGGUGUAGUGGAAGAACAGGUAAAAAGUGACGAUCUGGGUGGCGAUGAGUCCACAGUUGCAACGAGUAUUGAAGACUUUGAGGCACAGCACACAGCUGUACCUGUCGAAGAAUCUCUACCAAUUAAUAUGAAAACAGACGAAGUCGAACAAGAAAUGGGUCCUAAGGAUAUGUGGUCUUGUACUGACAAGAAGGAUUUGUUAGUUGAAGCCGAUGCUCAGACCUUAAGUAUUGAGACUACCUCUGAGUCCCUGAGGGUGGCCCAGGACGAUGACACUGAAAUUCACAAGAGUAUAGCUGAAGAAGACGCAGCCACUCCUGUUAGGCCUCGGCGGAAACUCUUUAACAAUGAAGCCAAGUCCUGCUUGGCAAGCUUGGACACUGGUGAACCUGGUGCUGCAGCACAGCCAAUGGUAUGCGAGACGGUCACCAACGAACCCACCGAUGAUCAUGCUGGUGCGGCAGUGCAGGUUAUGGUGUAUGAGACAGUCACUGAUGAUCCUACUGCAAGAACAAUAGAAGAAACACUUAUUAGUGAGGAGAGAGCAGAGGAUAAGCAGGAGGACGAAAUGAAGCAAGAUGAAGCAAGUGAUCAGUUAAUGGUUGAAGUGGGAACAAGAGACGAGGAAAUGGAGGAAGAAGAGCUCUUUUCGUCACAGUUUAGAGACCCCAGCACUAUAAGAUCUCUGGCGGAAGAUAAUGAUGACCUUUUCUUAGCUAUUUCUACAACAGAAAUGAUGGAACAGGAUGAAGACGUUAUGGAAGUAGACGUUGAUGACAACAUUGGUGAGACCAUGGAUGAAGAUGCUGAGGUCGAGGUGUCAGACACAGAAGACAUGCAUGAGCUGCCUGAAAGUCCUGUCAUGCCUUCUGUUGAUGACGAGGACGACUACCUGGCAGAAAUUGAGGACCUGCUUGUGAAACCAUCGAGGCGCAAGGACCCUCUGGAGUCUCUCUUGACCGAGUCAGAGUUACCUGCAGAGAUUGAUUUGACAGAGGAAGCUUCAGCACAGCCUCUUUUAGCGAAAUAUAUGGCAAUGCCUGCAACUCUGACGAAAGAGGAGGAGGAAGAGCUACAUAAAUAUUUAGUUGAAAAUGACGAUGCAAAGGAGCUUGACAUGGAAAAGUUCAUGUCGAUGCCGGCAACGCUCACGGAUCAGGAACAGAGGGAACUGGAGGAAGCAGUAAAGGAGCGGGAGCUGGUACAUGAAGCUGAACGUCGAGACUUGGGACGCUUCCUGGAGAUGCCACCGACCUUGACGGAACAAGAACUGCAGGAACUUCAGGAGUUGGAACAAGAGGAGGAGGAGGAGGAAGCUGAGCAGUCCUUGAAACACAAAGAAGCUACCUUUGAUGAUUACUUAUCCAUGCCCCAUGCCCUUACACAAGAGGAGGAAAACCUCUUAAAGGAAGGGGAUGAGGAAGAAAUAGAAUUUGAAAACGAGGAGGAAUAUCGUGAAUAUAUUAGGAACAAGUUCCUCCGUCAGCUUGAAGAGGAAGCCGCUCAUGUGGGUGAGGAGGAUGAUGAGUACGACUACGACGAUGAUUAUGAAGAUGAUUACGAAUAUGAAGAUGACUAUGAAGAGGAUGAGGACGAAGGUGAGAUGGAAGGAAAGUACGUCAUGGUAUCUGAUGUUCAGGAGGCUGCAACGGCUGGUGCCACUAGUGCCUCUGGUGCCUCUGGUGCCUCUGGUGCUGUCGCUCUAGUGGACGAGGCAGUCAACACUGAAGACCUAUCCUCAGACCCAGAGAAAAAGACCAAGAAGAACUUAUUCAGUUUUCCCAAAAAGAGUGAGAAAGAGACAACACCGGAAGAAACAGCGGCUUCAUCUAAAAAGUUUUUUCACUUCGGCGGCCUUGGGGCCAAAAAGAAAAAGGAGGACCCUGAUUCCAUGGAUGAUAAGAAAUUAGAAAGUUUCAAUAGUAAAAAGUUUGAUGGGGAUGGCGGUGGAUCCGUGAGCACCUCCUUCUGUAUUAUACAGGAAGAACUGAGGCGACAGGUCGCUCAAGAUGUCACGCUCCGACAACGAUUGCUUUUUAAAAAUGCUGACUUAUCUAAAACUCGAAGGCAAAUUCUGCCAAAGAAACGCAAAAGUAACACUUGCAGAGAUAUUCCUCAAGUGCUUGCUGAUAAACAUAUUAGUCACGGUGUUAAAAUAAGAAAAGUGCCCAACUCAGUAUCGAGCAAAAUCGAGAAAACAGAAAAACAAGAUGGUAGUGGUGGUUUCAGUCUAACGGACGUCAAUGAAAUAGUAAGCGAAACUGUGUCCCAAAUAAAUAAGCAUAAAAAUAAUAAUCAGAUUCACAAUGGUGAUGAAAAAGAAUGCAAUACAGCGAGAGUGUGCCUGGGCAAGGAUGCCACUAUCGACCUGUCUAGUAUGUUAGAGGGCUGUGUACUCCCUGAAAUUUUUCUUGAUGACGGUGAGGAGGAUGUUGAUCAAGAAAUUGCCAACGUUUUCACAGCGGAACAGAGCGCUGCCGCCGGGGAUUCCGGUAGUUCUCUGAAAGGAAGCGGAAGCCCCCUUGACAACGAGGAGGACUUUUGGCGUCAGUGGAGUAGGGAAGAGCAGGCCUCUGUGUCCGGUGCCAGGGACUCUGUCUCUCCUUGGCAGCUCAACCAGGACGAGGAGCAAGAGAUGGAGACACCAAGCAGAGAGAAGGUAGAUACAAAAAGCAGAGAGAAGAGUCUUGUAGAGAAAGAGAGUAUGAGAAAAGGUGGUAUGUGUGUUGAGGUGGGGAGUUUAUGUGCUGGGGAGAGUGGCAAGGGACACUCCCCACUCGAGUGUGAUAGAGAGUCCAGUGACUCAGGGACGGGUGUCGGCCAUACCACAGUUGUACACAAUACCAGUAACAACACAGUGCAAAGUGACGAGGAAACCAGUGCCAACUGUAGUGCCAGAAGUGUUGAAAAUAUUGCAGUUAGCACAGAUGGGGAAGCUGGAGUGCCAGGUUAUGAUGUAUGUGGACGACAUCUCCAUGGAACGUGUGAGGAUCAGAGGAACGUGAAGACCCUUCAGGAGGAUCAGACCCUUCAGGAGGAUCAGACCCUUCAGGAAGAUCAAACCCUUCAGGAGGAUCAGACCCUUCAGGAGGAUCAGACCCUUAAGGAGGAUCAGACCCUUAAGGAAGAUCAGGCCCUUCAGGAGGAUCAGAGGAGCGAAAAGAACCUUCAGAAGAAUCAGACCCUUCAGGAGGAGGAUCAGAGGAGCGAGAAGAACCUUCAGGAGAAUCAGAUCCUUCAGGAGGAUCAGACCCUUCAGGAGGAUCAGAGGAACGCGAAGAACCUUCAGGAGAAUCAGACCCUUCAGGAGGAUCAGACCCUUCAGGAGGAUCAAACCUUUCAGGAGACUCAGACCCUUCAGGAGGAUUAUAGGAACGUGAAAACCCUUCAAGGGGAUCAGAGAAGCGAGAAGACUCUUCAGAAGGAUCAGACCCUUCAUGAAGAUCAGACCCUUCAGGAGGAUCAAACCUUUCAGGAGACUCAGACCCUUCAGGAGGAUCAUAGGAACGUGAAAACCCUUCAAGGGGAUCAGAGAAGCGAGAAGACUCUUCAGAAGGAUCAGACCUUUCAGGAGGAUCAGACCCUUCAGGAGGAUCAAACCUUUCAGGAGACUCAGACCCUUCAGGAGGAUCAUAGGAACGUGAAAACCCUUCAAGGGGAUCAGAGAAGCGAGAAGACUCUUCAGGAGGAUCAGACCUUUCAGGAGGAUCAAACCUUUCAGGAGACUCAGACCCUUCAGGAGGAUCAUAGGAACGUGAAAACCCUUCAAGGGGAUCAGAGAAGCGAGAAGACUCUUCAGGAGGAUCAGACCUUUCAGGAGGAUCAAACCUUUCAGGAGACUCAGACCCUUCAGGAGGAUCAUAGGAACGUGAAAACCCUUCAAGGGGAUCAGAGAAGCGAGAAGACUCUUCAGGAGGAUCAGACCUUUCAGGAGGAUCAGACCCUUCAGGAGGAUCAUAGGAACGUGAAAACCCUUCAAGGGGAUCAGAGAAGCGAGAAGACUCUUCAGGAGGAUCAGACCUUUCAGGAGGAUCAGACCCUUCAGGAGGAUCAUAGGAACGUGAAAACCAUUCAAGGGGAUCAGAGAAGCGAGAAGACUCUUCAGGAGGAUCAGAGGGGCGAGAAGAUCCUUCAGGGAGAGGCUCAGGUCCUGGUCACCUCCCCAGCAUUACCAGUACAUACAAGCUUCACUCUGCAACACAAAGGGUCCGUCAUGGCUGACGCGGAGGCAACGGACGCCGCCAGUCACGACUCGCGCCACGACCAUGGUGACUCUUGGGAACACCAAGACGAGGAUGACGACGUUGGUGACCCACGUCGUAGGUAUUUCUCCAGAAACGACGACGAUGAGGAGGAUGAGGCGGAGGAAGGUCCUCGUCGUACUGCUCUCAUUAAGUACGAUAAUGAGGAGAUGAGAGACGAGGAACGUGGUGAAGGUGCAGUGGAGACUAACAUCCUCACGACGGAGGGCGAGGCCUGCGUGGACCAGAAGGGACGCAGACACAGGGAGAACGGUGUCAGCGCCACCACCACCGACAAGAAGAAGAAGAAGUCCGAAGAUGGCGAGAAAAAGUCCAAGAAGAAGAAGAAGAAGAAGAAGGGCGAAUCUGAAAAGGAGAACAUGGGGUCAAGCAGCAGCAGUAGCAGCCGUCAAGAGAGUCAAGACGAAGUAGCACCUCCCACACCUCCACUCUUCAAUGGUCACGCCGUCACUAAUGGCUUGGCUCACCAGGAUACUCAUUCCAAGGAGGAGGAGGACACCUCGAGUGACAGAGAUGAACACAGCGACUAUGAAUCCUUCAGCAAGGAGGAGUUCCAUAAUCUAGUGGAGGUUUACAACAGGGAGGAGAAGACGAUCAGGAGGCCUCUGCCUGCUGCUGCUACUGUUCCUCUCACUGACGAGGAGGAGCUGGCUGGUGUCAGCGUCAAGCAGCUGAGAGUGUCAUACUUGAGUGCUGCACAAGAGAAGGGUCUUCACUCAACGAACACUUAUAAGAGCAACACAAAACCAGACAUCAAGGCUGACCUCAACUCAAGUGUUAAUAUCAGUAGUCUGGUUGACACAUAUUCUUCACCACAUCCUCAAACUACAACACCUUCCAGUCGUCCUGAUGAUAUUGCACCAAUCUCGUUGCGAUCGCUGAAGUCAGUUUAUGAGGGGACGGCGACGAACAGUGGUGCGGGCAGCCGGUGCAGCAGCAGCAGCAGCUGUACUCCAGCUGGUGGCAGCCCUUCACCAAAGGAGGAACUAAACAUCUCUCUACAACAGCUGCGUGAGGAAUACUGUAGGUCAGUGGAGGACGGUCUCCUGCGUAGCCAGACACCAACCAGAACACCACCAGACACUGGGGUCUCUAUCAGACAACUGCCGUCCAAACAAGAAACUGUUCAGUGUACACGGAGCAUGACUGACCUCCGAGGCCUGGGUCAAGACAUCAGCAGCUCCAUAAUUGAAGGUGACCGCCUUGCCUUGGCCACAGUCAACGUGAAAGCCUUGACACGCAGCUUUUCUGAUCUGACACGACUUUAUGAACCUAUUGCGUCGUCGCCUCCUCAUGCUCAACCUCGUCACGACAUUCCAACUCUCUCAGUCUCCGUUAAAAAAUUGAGGGCAAGCUACGGUGAUCUGCCUCGCCUCCUCUCCGACUCUGACUCAGAGUCAGGUGGGCUUUCCAGUGCUUCCCUGCGCUCACAGUCACGCUCAUAUUCUAUGUGCACUUCCAAGAUUCUCCAUCAUCAAAAUAUGCCACCUACAUCACCUCUCGGUCAGUCUGAAGUUUCACAUGUUGUUCAACAAACACCUUUGCCAACUUGUUUCCAAAAUGGAAAAAUUAAACCAACCACUAUACCAACAAAAGCAGGUGAUCAUCAUCAUGAAACACUGAAUUCUAAAAAAGUAAAUUCCCUUACAUGCAAUGGCUUUGUUCAGAAUUGUGUGGCAACCAAAAAGAUUCAUAGAAAAUCUACACAUAAAUGCAAAGUGUCAAGCAAUGACAACUGCAAGCAGGCAGCUCCUAAGACAAAACCUAUUGUCUCUAAAACGAAGACUGCCAAAGGUAGCCACAGUGCCCGUGUGUCAAGAAAGUGUUUAAAUUCUGAUGGCAAGAAGCGCUUCUGGUCUUCUCCUUCAGACAUAACUAGCUUCCGCAAUAAAGACAGCUCUUCUGCUCCUUCUAUGGCUGCUGACAACACUGGCAGUAGGUCUUUCAAGCGUCGCAGCUACUGUGACCAGACCAAUCUGUGCCACGCCCUGGGUGGUGGGGCGGCCACGGGCGGCGGUGGUGGUCGUCAGCCUUACAUCACUAAGGCUAACGUCGCUCGCAUUUGUGCGACGUUGGUGGGGUCGGUGCCCCCUCCCCCUGAGGUGCCUGUACCACGCAACAUCUGCACCGGGGUCUCCGUGGCCCACAUGAAAGCGAGGUAUCAGUACCGUGACGACCUGCUGGCCAAGCACGUGGGGCCGCGGGUGAGGUCCUUCGAUGCUACCAAAAUGAAGAACAAGUUCGAAAAACCUAAGGAUCCCUUCCCUCUCUACUCUCUACUCUACCUGCACGACCACCAGGCGACGCAGGUGUCGAGCGAGUGCAAGAUGUGUGGCAAGCAGGUCUUCCAGAUGGAGAAGAUCGUGGCAGAGAAAGCGUCCUGGCACAAGAACUGCUUCCGCUGCAAGGAAUGUAACAGCCUCCUCACGUUAGAGACGUACCAGAGUCACGAGGGAGUCCUAUACUGUAAACCACACUUCAAGGACCUCUUCCGUCCCAAGGCUGUCAUUGAGGACCCUGACGAAGCCCGCAGAGAUCGCUUGAUGCGGCGACCCAAGAUGAUAGUGUUGGAGAGUCAGCCACAGGCCCUGCCAGACGACGUCGUCAGAUCCACGGACAAGCCAGAUUAUGGGCUUGAGGACUUAUCAGCAGCCAACUUGAAACAAAAGUUUGCCAUGUUUGAACUAAUAUCAACUGAGGAAGAACAAAGGCCAGAACCGAUACCUGUGCGCCGCUCUCAGUCGCUUCUCAACAGGGCUGCCAAGUUUAUGCAUUCAGAUGAUGAUGAUUAUGGGGUAGAGAAUGCUGAGCUUGGUGAAUAUGAAGAAUAUGAUGAAGAGGAAGAUGAAGAACAGGAUGAUGAAGAGGGUGAGGAAGAUGAUGAAGAACAUGGAGAUCAAGCCAUAACAAAGAAGGGACGUCCAACGAGCUUUAGCGGCUUGCACGACCUUAAAGCAGGUUGGUUACAAAAGAACCGACGAGAAGAGUUGUCACGGAAACGGAGAGAAGAUUUAUCAAAGUUCAGACAAAUGCUUUGUGCUGGCAAGAAUAUUACUACUAGAGAAAUGUUUGAAUCAGGCAAUUUUGAGGAUCAAGAUAAGCGCCCAAAGCGGAAGGAGCCAAUUGCUAUUGAGGGUCGUCCUGCUGCAAAAAAUUUGAGGGAGAAGUUUGAAAGGGGUUUGUCUAUGGACGAGGAUGAAAAUCAUGAACGCAGAGAAGUAGAUGAUGUUUUAAAGAAUGCAGAGACAGCUAGCAAAGCUCGUAACUUAUUCAAGAAGAUAGACUCAGCUGUGUCAGAAGAAGGCAGUGAGGUAGUAAUGCGGCCACGUUCCUCUGCACAAGCAAGAAAGGAAAAUAGGUUAUCACGAGAAGGCAAGCGCAUUCGCAAUUUCACUUCGCAGGUGCAUGGUGAACAAUCACAGGAUGGCAACGAUGAUGAAGUGUCCAUUGAAAAUUCUUCUCUUGUCAACCGCUUUAAGUUCUUUGCCACCUAUGAGGAACGUGUCAAACAAGAAGAAAAGAAGCGGAGGAAAGUUUUCCGCUUCACACCUCCACGUGAUAGUGCGGACAAGGUUGAUGAAGAUCUAGUUAAGGCGCAUUUGCCCAAACGUUGCAUGGCAAUUAACUGUGCGGUGUGCAGGCUUCGGGGUAUUGAUGUAGAAGAGCAGGAGCUGGGUCGUGACCCUAACCUUAUCCGCUGCACAGACAAUUAUGAAGAUGAGGUGGAUUGUCGAAAAACUCGCAGUGUGCUUGAAAUGUUCAAGAGAAUGGAGAUGCAGUCUGAAGAAGAAGAUAGAGGUCCUCGUCCUUUGAAGAGAUUUACGCCCCCUCCUGAAGGAGAGGGAGAUGAUGAUUCUGAGGAAGAUGAAGAUUCAGAUGAAGAAUAUUCAGAUGAGGAUGAGGAGGAAGAUAGUGAAGAGGAUGAUGAAGAUGACGAUGAUGAAACUGAAAGAAAACCAAAGUACAAGGAUGAAAUCCUGGAGAUGGUUAAAUCCUCACAGAGUGCCAGAAAGGCAGCUUCGCUGCGUGCCAAAUUCGAGAAGUGGGAAUCCGAGGUUGAGCGCAACAACGAAUAUAACCGUGGCGACAUACCUGAAGGUGACGAGGAGUGUAUGCCAUCUAUUGACACCGCCCGUAACCUCCGUGCCAUGUUUGAGAACAAGGCCCAGGAGGCAUCUCGGCCGGUUACUAAUCGUCCUAAGAUAAAGGUCAACAGAUUUGUGUGAAAACCUGCCACAGCUACCCCCCCGAGCCUAUUGUUCAUCAUCAUCAUGUGUUGAGUGGCAGUCAUAGGCCUACAGAUACUCAUCUUCUAUCAACUUCAUUGCAAGUUCAGCAGUUGCUGCAAAUGUAUUACAUCAAAUAUGUGAAACAGUCUGCUGUGGAAACAGUUUGUUAGUAUAAAAUGUUGAAGAAAAAACGAACAUGAAGCAGUACUGUAUGUAUAUAUACUCUAUAUGUAUUAAAUACGGCAAGAUUGCUAUUCAUUAUUGCUAUACAAGAUUACUAUUCAUUUUUAGCAAACAUGAAACAACAAAAUGAAGAUUAAUUUUCUCUUUCAAACUUAAGACAGUGAUGGAAGUUUAAUGAGCAGUAAAUGAAGUGGAGAACUUUUUACUUAUUAUUAUUAUUUUAAUUUUUAUUAUUCUUGUUUACCCAUGAUUUUUGCAGACCUCUAUCUUUCCAUGUUUGUAUGUGUGAUACUCUAUGUGCAGGUAAUAUUCUGUCCUACAGUUAGUAAUUCAUUGCUUCAUUUUCCAAAAAAGUAUUGUAAUUACAGUAUCCCAAACAUUUUAUUUUGGCAUUUCUAUAAAUGCCAAGGAUAUAUUAAAAUAGUCUUCUGGUUACUGUACCAGAGACACAGCUGUUGUCUAUUAUUGCAUAUAUAGAGCUGGUCACUGAUUUAUUUAAGGGCAAAUUUCCUUAGCCAUAUUGAAGCCAUUUCACUUGGAAAGUAUUCCAAGUUGGUUAUUAGUAUGAUUUAGACAGUGCCUUUGAAUAAAUGGAUUAUUUUUUAUUGUGUAACAUCUAAUAAUUACUGUAAUAUAUUUUGGACAUGUCAUUUGCAAAUUGUGCACUUAACUUUUUUUGUACAAGUUUAUGCUUUAAUAUAAGUUUGCUCAGUAAAAAUCAUAUUAUCUCAUGAAGAACGAAUAUAUAAAAUAUAUCCUUGUUAAAACAUUUAUAAACUUGUAGCAAUUUAAAAUGUAAUUAUAACAAGCACUGUCUGUUACUUAUAUCUUGUAUAACUAAUAGAAAUAGUGUUCACUUGAGUUGAUGAAUCCCACAUCAGUAAUGUGUUGGUUAUCUCAUGUUUUUUAUCAGAACUAUUGUAUGUAAAAGCUUUCCAUGUGGAGCACUUGCAUAAAUGUUUGUCGUAUUGUAAUAAAUCAUUUUUGUAAAGAAUCAUGGUUGUUUUGUACAAUAAAAAACUUCAAUUACCUUGUUGUUAUUUAGCUAAUGAAAAUACUGUAUAUUUACAAAGCAUUAUUUCAAGCAAAAUUAACUUCAGCGAGAAUUAUUCAAAACUUUUCCAACAGAUUAGUGUAAUUUAUUAAAAGAUUUGGUGCGAAUAUUAAGGAAUAAAUCUAAUAACAGUUUGUACAUAAAACACAUCAUCAUAAUAUAAGAAAGUAUUGUGAACCAUAAUGAAUCAGUCUGAUUUUAAGAUAUACAGCAAUUUCUUUCCCAGUGUUCAUGUGAGUCACCCUAGUGUAUGUUGUCCACACAGUGGGUGAGAUUGGUUAUUGAAAUAGUCGUCCUUGACAACUUAACCUAAACUUUUGCUGCUUCAUUAGCCUUAUGCCAUACCAUUAAUGUAAUGUCUUGCCAGUAGUCAAUUUGUAUUCUUUAGCCAGUUACUUAAAGCAUUUACAUGUGUAUAGAUUACAUAUUGCUACAGUAUUAUGAAAAUAUUUAAAUUGCAGACAGAAUUUUUACUUAAAACAGUGUAAUAAAAUAUAUGUCAGUUUUAUGAAAGUGUAAUACAUUGAGCCUAAUUCAUGUUCCAUGGUGUCCAAAUUGUCAAGCGUUUCAAUUGAUGGAAAACAUUAAUAUUUUAUUUGGGAUAAAAAUCUAAUUUCAAAGUACGUAUGUCACAUAUAUACAGAGACAUUUUGAAUUGAAAUUAAGAUAUUUUCAUUUAAAAAAUCUGAAGGUUUUAUAAAUUCUGAGCUAGGGUGAUUUUUCAAAUUAAAAUGCAAAAUUCUUGAUUUUGUAAAUAAAAUUUAGAAUUAUAAAAAUACUUCAGAUUCAGAAAUUUAGAAUAUUUUAUUCAGAAUAUUCAGAGUAAUAAUCUUUUUCAAAAUUAAUAUUAAGAAAAGCUGAUUGAGCUUGAAAAAUUUCAAUUAUGGCAAGUGAGAAAAAAAAAGAUAUUAAGAUGUCUUAGUCUUUUAUCACUUGGCAAAAUUACAGUAAGAAUUUUAUUAGUCUUACAAUUCUUGAAUUUCAGAGAGGAGUCUGAAUUGAAAACAAACUGAAUACUGGUUACAGUACCACUCUGAAAAAAAUGUUAAAGUGGUGAUCUCACCUCAGCAUCUGAUAGAUUUCUUACUUCACUUUUUAUACCUUUACUUUCCAGAUAUUCUUGCUCUCUCUUCGAUUUCUUAGCUAAUGCUGAUUUCUUCACAGACUGUGACCCAUGAAUAUAAUACCAGUAAUACUAUAUGAAUUUGGGAGAAUUUUGAAUUGAAGAACUCUGAAUUGGAGCGAAGUUAAUAGUUAUUCCACUGAAAGCUUAAAAUAUCAACAGAAAUUAAGUGAUUUGAAUAAAUUCUGAAUAUAUAUUUCUUUGAUAAAUGUACACCCAGUGAUACAGCUUUAGAAACAUGAUUAAAAUUGAGGGUUGGUUUAAUUUUGCUGUUAAUAAUAGAAAAAUGAUCUUAUUUACUGCUUUCUGUGGGCUAGUACUUAAAUUUAUUAUAUUAUAAAUUGAAGUUUAUUUAAAAAUGAGAUAAGCAAAUAGAUUUUGGUUCAGGAAGUUGUAUAGAGCAAAUACAGUCACAUCACUGACCUAGUUCAAUCACCAUGUCCAAAUACUUUAGAACAAAUUUGUUAUACGUUUUGGGUGUCAGCUUCAUUUCAUUAAUUUAAAAAGAAACUUAAGAGUUUGAAUCUUUUGUACCAUAAUAAUUCAGAAAUGAAUAGUUAUUGACUUUAGAAAGAAUCACAAAUAAACUACUAGAAAAAUCACUGUGCAUGCUGAAGGAAAUAUGAAAAAAUGUGCCUUACGUUUUGACGAACAUUCAUUUCAAUUAUAAAUAUGUACUACCAUAGCAGAGAAUAUGCUUCCUUAAUUUCCAUUAAAGAUCAUUGGCAUGUCUUUCAAAUGAUAUAAAUGCUGUAACUUAUUAACAGAAAAAUAAUGUUUUAUCACUAGACUGUUUUCAUCGGUACAUUAUUGAACAUGCUAUAUGAUGAAUUUUCAUGACGUAAUUAUCAACUUUGUAUUUAAAUUUGUAUAAAUUGGUUAAUAAAUUAUUAUGUUUA